GAGCUAUCUAAUAUCGCUUUACCUCUUUGUUGUUUAGCAUACUUGAAUCUGAUCCUUGGACCUCCCUAGCCAUGUCUAUCAUCAACACUGAAACUCUGACAGCCCUCUGGAACGAAGCACAGCAGCAGCCGGAAUGGGCAACAACCCAACUAUGGGAACAUAUCUUCAACCGUAUCGUAUUCAACAAUCAUCCGUGGAUCGUAUCUUCCCAGCAGCCACCAACCCGCCAAGACGGGGAUCUGCGACGCGUUGACCUCGUUGUCAAACGGGUGACUUCGGGUAUCACGUUAACGCUACUCUUUAUGGAGGCGAAGCGAGGUCAUCCAUCGCCUUCGGAUGUAGCCUUGGUCGAGAUGCAAGCGUAUACUGCUGCCUGCGCGUAUGCGGUUGAAAUGAACUCGGUGAAUCCUAUUUGGGCAAUGACAUGUGUCGGCAGUCAGGCGAGGUUGUGGAUAUUCGAUUGGGAUCAACCGUUCUUGACCCCUUUCUUUCCCGACACGCACGGCAAUGGGGAACUAUCCGAAUAUAUCGAGAUCUCCAGACAAGGCACCGACCUACUUGAGCGCCUGGAGUAUAUUAAGGCGAAUCCGAUUCCACCGGUACAUCUCCUCCACGAAUCAUCUCCGAGGCCUACAAAUGCAACUUUACCUAAUGAUUGGCCUGAUGACGAGGUCAAGUUGAGGGACUCCCAGCAUUCAUGAUGCAGGGUCCGACCCUCGCUCGGUACAUGAGCAUUUGUCUUGAAUGGUUUCAACCCUCUGAUGGUACUGUGUCUUACGAGUUUGAAAUGAAGCCGGCCCAGCAACUUGAGACAUCAACAACUGGCGUUUGUAUUCCACCCGAAGACUCUUCCAUGACUAAAAAAGUAGCAGGUAUAA